GGUAUAGUCUGGGAACCCACGAGGAGUGCCUCUGCCAUCUGGGUUUUUGCGGUCCUUGGCGGACAAAUCUUCAUUUUUUUGCCGCCGAUUCAGUAGGAUUACUGGACAAACAUGGCUCAUUUCAAUCCUCCGCAGAUUCAGGACAACCACAAUGGCUGGGGACCGUGCGCGAUCCCGGAAAAAUUCAAGGAUAUGCCGUACCAGCCGUUCAGCAAAGGGGACCGGUUAGGAAAGGUGUCUGACUGGACUGGUGCUACCUACCAAGACAGGAGAUACAUCAACAAGUACAGCUCCCAGUUCGGUGCAGGGAACCAGUACUCCUACUACCACGAGGAAGACGAGUCGUCCUUCCAGCUGGUGGACACCACCAAGACACCCAAGCCUCUGUACCAGCGCAACAGGCAGCGUUACAACCAGCAACGUAACAUGCGCCGGGAGCGCGAGCGUCGUGAGCAGCAGAGGGCAGCGGCCCAGAGUGCUCCACUGUCCAAGACACAGAAGAGCAGGGAGAGGGACAGGAUGCGACUGCAGAAGAAGCUGCAGAAGCAGUUCGGUGGUCGGCAGAGGUGGAACGACAGGAACCAACAGGUGCAGACAAAGAAUCGCGAUGCAUCCAUCGAAGUCCGUCCAGAUUGGAAGGUUCUUGAAGAGAUGGACUUUCCUCGCCUUACCAAACUUCGCAUGCCAGACAUCGAUGAACCUACUGAGAUUGUCCAGUGUGGCGUGCUGGAGUACUAUGACAAGUCGUAUGACCGCGUGAACACCAAGAAUGAGCGACGACUCGCUCGUGUCAACCGCAUCUUCCACAAGGUCACUACCACUGAUGAUCCAGUCAUUCGCCAGAUUGCCAAGAGCCACGGCAACGUUUAUGCCACGGACAUCAUCCUGGCCACCCUGAUGUGCUGCACGCGCUCCGUGUACUCCUGGGACAUCGUGGUACAGCGCGUCGGAUCCAAGCUCUUCUUUGACAAGCGAGACGACUCAGAAUUCGACUUAUUGACUGUGAGUGAGACAGCCACAGAGCCCCCUCAGGACGAAGGGGCCAGCAUCAACUCUCCCCGUAACCUGGCCCUCGAGGCCACCUUCAUCAACCACAACUUCUCCCAGCAGGUGCUCAAGAUGGUAAGGAAGAAAAAAGGAAGCAGUGAAGUCUACAGAUUUAACAAGCCCAACCCGUUUGUGACCGAUGAGGACGAAGGUGAAGUGGCAUCAGUGGCAUACAGGUACCGGAAGUACAAGCUAGGAAACGACAUUGAACUUGUGGUGCGUUGUGAACAUGACGGGUCCAUGCUGGGGCCGAACGGAGAGACCCAGUUUAUCAACAUCAAGACUCUCAACGAGUGGGACUCACGGUUCAGUAACAAGAAUGUAGAGUGGCGGGCCAAGCUGGACUCCCAGCGCGGAGCUGUGCUGGCCACUGAGCUGAAGAACAACAGCUGUAAGCUGGCCAAGUGGACAGCUUCUGCUGUCCUGGCUGGGUCUGAUGCACUCAAGCUGGGGUAUGUUUCCCGUGUUAACGUCCGUGACUCCUCCAAGCACGUGAUCCUGGGUACGCAGCAGUUCAACCCGCGGGAACUGGCGGCCCAGAUCAACCUGGACAUGCAGAACGCCUGGGGCAUCGUGCGCUGCAUCAUCGACACCUGUAUGAAGCUGGACGAGGGGAAAUACCUCAUCCUCAAGGAUCCCAACAAGCCUGUUGUCAGGAUCUACGGCCUGCCUGAAGGAACCUUCAGCUCUGAUGAGGAUGAUGAGGAUGAAGAGGAGUCAGAUGAAGAGGAUGAUGAUGAUGAUGAUGAAGAUGACGACGAUGAUGAUGAGAAAAAUGAUGAUGAGAAGAAGUAACUCCAGUCCCCUGCAAGAUGGAAGAAACGUCGCAGUUUCUUCCUGUUUGAAAUGAAGUAGUGCAUCUCCUAGUGCAUGUGUAGUUAAACUAAUGGCAUGGUAAUCUGUUGCUA